UGCGGUUGCUUGUUGACCAGCGGACAAAAACGUUCCAAGAUGGCGCCCAGAGGUCGGACUAGGACCCGGAGCGAAGGGAAAAAUCACGAAAACAAACCCGAGUUCCCCCUCAACAACUCCGCUCCUGAGCCUGAAAAUGUCGGAGCCGGCGGAGAGCAGCACGUCGAGUCCGAAGAGGAGAGACUCGUCAAGGAGAUCGCCAACAUGCCCCUGUGGACGUAUCUGUGGGCUGAGCUGACCAGGGGAUAUCUGCUGGAGAAUGAGGAGGAGAAGUUUGCGGAGAGGAGAGAGAGAGUCUAUACCUUCAUGAAAAUUCCACAAGUGUUUGAGAAGCUGAUGUUCUAUGGGUUCUUCCUGUGCCUGGAUGCGUUCCUGUUCAUCUUCACCUUCCUGCCACUGAGAGUCAUCAUAGCCCUCAUCAGGCUCAUCACCAUGCCCUGUCUGCAGGGGAAAAGAUCGAGACUAGAGCCAGCCCAGAUCUGUGAUCUGAUAAAGGCAGGGAUCAUCAUCGUGUGUACCAACAUCCUGUUCUAUGUGGACACUUCCAUGUUGUACCACCUGGUCAGGGGACAGUCCAUUAUCAAACUCUACAUCAUCUUCAACAUGCUGGAGGUGGCUGACCGACUGUUCUCAGCUGUUGGUCAGGACAUCCUGGACGCUCUGUUCUGGACGGCCACCGAGCCUCGGGGCAGGAAGAGGGACCACUUCGGCGUCAUCCCCCACUUCCUCAUGGCCAUCACCUAUGUCUUUCUCCACUCCACAUUAGUUCUGUUCCAGGCGACGUGUCUGAACGUGGCCUUCAACUCUCACAACAAGUCCCUUCUCACUGUCAUGAUGUCCAACAAUUUUGUGGAGUUGAAGGGGAGUGUCUUCAAGAAGUUUGCAAAGAACAACUUAUUUCAGAUGUCGUGUAGUGAUAUCCGUGAAAGAUUCCACUACCACGUCCUCCUGUACAUUGUGGUGAUGAGAAAUAUGACAGAGUUCAACUGGAGCCCUGACCACUUGUACCAGCUGAUUCCAGACGUGUCCAUGAUCAUCGCUGCUGAGUACCUGGUGGACUGGGUCAAGCACGCCUUCAUUACCAAGUUCAACGAGAUUCCUGCAGACGUGUAUGAUGAAUACCGUGCCAGCCUGGCUUAUGACAUGAUCAGCAGUAGACAGAAGAAUGCCUUCUCUGACCAUUCUGACUUGGUGUCCAGAAGAAUGGGCUUCAUCCCUCUACCCCUGACAUGCCUGGUUUACAUGAUCACCAGGCGAUCAGUGAAAGUCCAAGGCACGACAGGCAUAUUUCUGUUGGCCCUCACAUACUUAGCCCUGGUAACAGUGAAAGUGUUGAACAGCAUCGUCCUCUUGGGAAACGCCUGCAAGUACGUGAAAGAGUCCGACAUGUUCAAGAACAAGCUGGCCAGCCGACCGGGCAGUAGAAACGCCAGCCGAGCGGGAAGUCAGACGAGCCUGAAUAACCCGAACCCCACCUCGCCUCCUCCGAAUGUGGAGAUCACCAGGACAGGGUCUUUCUCCAUCCACCCCAGCUCAAAGCAGAGUAACGACAGCUCCGUGGAGGUCAUAGGAACGGACCCUGUAAACACAAACUCUGAGGAGCAACCUGCCGAAGAGAACAGUGAUCUUGAGAGGGAAAGUACGUCAGCGUCAAAAGAUAAGAAAGCACAGACAAGCGUUAAAACAAAAGAGUCAGUGGGAAACGUUGGACAACACCAUGGGAAAAGUAAAGACGAGGAUAAAGAAUCACACAGUGGGAAAAGUCAUUCACCCAAAAAGGAGAGUCCAGAGAAAACGCUAGAGGGAGCCAAAGGAGAAGACCACAAAGAUGAUGCACAGAAACAAGCAGAGAAGAAAGACGAUAAAACAGAGACAAAAGUGUCAGCUAAAGAUACUGAGCUGAAAUACAGGGGGAGCAAAACUGAUAUCAGGGAGGUGGACAGAUUCACUCUGUGUGGAAAGGAGAUAAUAUAGAGAUAAUGAAAGUUACUGUGCUCAAUUCAAUCCCAGUUAUUCGUACUAUGAAUGAAUCAAGAAAUAUGAUGUACAGUGAUAUUUUGGUCGUAGUAUAAGAAACAUACCUUCAGCUGUAUUUCUUUUAUUUUGUUGCUAUGUGACACAGAAACUAUACACAGAUUGUGGCAUAUUAAGCAAUUGUCUUCAUCAUAAUCGUAUGUUUGGUUUUCCUUAUUGUUAUGCACAUGUAUCAGUUUAAAGUAUGCUUUUACUUCUCCAGAUUCAAUCAGUUGUGUUUGUUUUUAUCAUAUGUAUUAUCAAUCAUGGUUAGAUUUGAGAAACGUGAAAAGUUGAUAGUCAUUAUGUAAUAAAAGGACCAAGACUUUUUUCACAUUCAUAAUUACUGUGCCUGUAGUAGAGAAGUAACAGUACUGUAACACCAGUAAUUACAGUUUCAUUUUAUUGUAUUUUGACAAUACUGUAAUAUGGCAAGUGUAUGUAUGUACAGUGUAAAGUUGUCUGCUUUUCUUUAUUCUUACUGUUGUACAAAAAUAUACCCCAAAGAGGGUUGUACCAAAGACGUUCCAUAAUAUGUGUGUUGUAAAUUUAAAGGUACAUGUAUUUACUUUCUGCAUUUCACUAUCAUAUUAAGAAUGUUUAUGUUCAGUUUCCUCAGAAGUCUUUGUCUCAGCAGGGAGGUUUAAAAUCAAGAUUUCAAACCUCCUUGCUCUCAGGAAAUGCUGUGAUCUCAGAAAACAGAGUACUGCAUUAAUUGGUGUUGAUGUAUUUUGUUUCAAAGAAAUGAAUAACAUUUAAAUAAACAUCUUGUCUUUUGAAAGUU